UAGCAAGCAAACACAUGUUUCUUUAAAGUUUCAUGAUUUAGAUUUGCUGUUUUCUAAAACGAAACUUUAAACAUGUAACAAACAGUCAUAACAUUAGUCUCCUAAACUCCUCAAUUAUUAGCUAGACUGAAUCCUAGCCUGGCAUAACAUUAGUUGUUUGGUCCUUUCUCAGAAUACCAACAAUUCUGACAGUUUUCGACAGCAUGUAAAUGCAGCAGUGAAAGCGCCAAACGGCAGAGCAGCAGAGGAAAACGUUAGCUCCGGCUGAAGCUGCCAGUUUAACAGCUCGAGUUGCAGUCAGUGCCAUAUUACCAGUUGAAACGGUUUAAGCUAGCUAGGCUAAAGAGCUAACGAGGAUCAUAGCUAUGUUUGGGAAUAAGUCUGCCUGGUUUUCAAGCAGUGUCCCACAGGCAUGUCACAAUUUUUGGAUAUCGGAAAGUGGAACCAUUGCUGGUUGGAGAACAGCCGAUUACCUUUUCAGUAAGGAUGCUACAUGUGCUGAUACUCUCAGGAUAUUUGAGAGCAAAGAUUACCUUUGGAACAAGGUGGCAGUGUUUCACAGCUUGUUUCUGUCCGCCUGUGAGAAGCGCCAGAGUGUCAAGUCUGUGUGCAUUGGUCAUUAUGUGCUGCCUCCAGCCUCAGUACAGGACGAGGUCAGAAACGUGGUUGGGAGGUUGAUUUGGGAGUGUGAAGAGGAGCAAUCACUAGCACAGGGUUCCUGUAAGAGUUUCAGGUGCCAGACAGAAGAUGAGUACAGUGAAGUCAGCAGAAGCGAUUCUGAAGCAUUUCACUCAGACUCGUCAGAAAGUGAAGCCCCUCUAUGUGGUCAUUUGCAAGAUUACCCAGUUAGCAACAUGCUUACAGGUUACGUCAGCAUGGACAACCUGCAGAAAUAUUCAGGCGAUCUGUGUGAUUUCCACCUCGGUUGUUUCCAAUGCUCCAACUGUAAAGCCCACUGCUGCUUGCCGCACACAAAAGCCAACAUGCAAUAAGAGAAAAGCAUCUUAAAGAGGAACAAGAAGCAGUUGUGCUAUUCACUGUCACAAGCUGUAGAUAAUUUACUGGCAAAUAAGUUAUGGUGUUAGUUUAUUAUGUUUGCAUUGCCUACCUGUACUCGUGUAUGUACUGUAUUUUCCACUAAUUGUUUUAUCCCGCUAACAUAGUCCCUACAUUUUCAUAUUGCCCAAUGAAAUUAACCUUCUCUGAAAAAGGUAAUUGGUACAAAUGGGUCCACAUUUGUAAUUACAUCAUUGGUAUGGAAUCUGUCUUACAGUGUGUGCAGUACUGAAUCUUUUCUGGUAUUACAAUGGAGUGAGGAUAGACUUUAGAGGUGCCACAGGAAUUAAACACGUGUAAUCUACUAA